CACACAAGCGCUUGCUAGCAUUAAAAGGAAGCGUCUUAGCGACCAAGAUCAUUUUGAGGGACGGCGGACGGGAAUGAACAAAUUACUACCAUUUUUAGUCUUUUGAUUGGUCUUUAUCUUCAUUAUUCCAGUUCUCUUUGUAGAAAAAUGGAGUGGACUUUUGAUACUACAUUUUAAAAAAAUCUUCAAAGGUCAGUUUUUAGUGAACAACUUUUCCAGACAUAAGGCAGAUUUGAUAAUUCGAAGUGAUGGAAGAUAACGAGGAUAUUCAAAACAUGCAGAAACUGUAUGAAAAUGAACAUGAAUCACAAGAUGACCAAGCGAAUGAAAAAGCUUGUACUGUAGAGGAAGAAGAUGAGGCUGUCAAUAUGACUCAGGACAACACUAUUUAUAAUGUAAAGGAAGAUAAUCGUAAUGAAAAUAUUGAAAACAAUUAUUACAUAGGCAAAUUGGAAUGUGGGAUUUCACAUUCUAGAGACUGUCUGUUUAAGUGUACAUAUUGUCAAAAAAGUUUUACAAAUAAAACAAUGUUCUCAUUACACAUGAAAAUAUUACAUAAUGUGAUAUUGGAGGAUUUGAAUAAUAGCGUAGAGAUAGUAAAGAUGAAACAGGAUUUAGUAACAAGGAAAGAAUGUGAAGGAAAAAGUCAGGGGAAUUGUUUGACUGAUGGUGGUACCAAACAGGAAAUUGAACUUUUUAAAGGAACAGAUAAGAAGAACCUUACUGUGGAAAGGAAGGGUUAUCAUAGGGCAAUAAAAACUACUUCUGUUAAACAAAAAGAUAGUCAAAAGGGAAAUGUUAAUCAAGAAGAUAGCCAAAAGGAAAAUGUUAAUAAAAAAGAUAGCCUAAAGGAAAAUGUUAGUCAAAAAGAGUGCCAAAAGGAAAAAGAAAAUAAAAAAGAUAGCCAAAAGGAGAAUGUUGAUCAAAUAGGUAGCCAAAAGGAAAAUCUUAGUCAAAAAGAUAGCCAAAAGGAGGAUGUUAAUGAAAAAGAUAGCCAAAAGGAAAAUGCUGAAAAAGAUAGCCUAAAGGAACAUGUUAGUCAAAAAGAUAGCCAAAAGGAAAAUGUUGAUCAAAAAGAUAGCCAAAAGGAGAAUGAUAAAAAUGACAGCCUAAAGGAAAAUCUUAGUCAGAAAGAAUGCCAAAAGGAAAAUGAAAAUAUAAAAGAUAGCCAGGAGGAGAAUGUUGAUCAAAUAGAUAGCCAAAAGAAAAAUGUUAGUCAAAAAGAUAGCCAACAGGAGGAUGUUAAUGAAAAAGAUAGCCAGAAGGAGAAUGUUGAUCAAAUAGAUCGCCUAAAGGAAAAUGUUAGUCGAAAAGAAACUGUUAAUCAAAAAGAUAGCAAAAAAGAAAAAGUGCAGAAUGUGUGUAAUAUUUGUGGGCAACAAUAUUGUAGCCCGAUAGUUUUGAAGUAUCAUAUGAGACAAAUGCAUCGUAAGAUCAAUGCCUUUCGUUAUUUCUGUGGCAUUUGUCAUAAGCCUUUCACUAAUAUGUUCUAUUUAAAAAUGCAUGUACUUGAGCACAAAAACAUGCGUUUAGAUUGCAAGAUAUGUGGUAGAAGUUGUCUUAGUAAGAAGACUUUGUUAUAUCAUGAGAAAUCUCACAAAGGUGUGAAUCACAAUGAGACUGGCCGUAGGAAUAAUCAUACUGCAUUUAGAAAUGAAUCAGAACAUGUAAUGGACGAUGUAUCGGGUAAAAAGGUAGAAUCGAAUUUUACAGAAGAUGAUGCAGAAGCAUUUUCUUCGAAAGUUGAAGAGCUGUACACAUGUUUUGAUUGCAGACAAACAUUUAAAAAUAAGCAGCGAAUAGAGCAGCAUAUAAGGUUGCAUUUCGGUAUCAAAAUAUACAAGUGUCAAAUUUGCAAAGAGACAUUAUCGUCCUCCCGAAACCUAAAACAACAUAGUCGCACUCAUUUAGGAGAUGCAGGGUAUGCAUGCAAUAAAUGUGGCAAAUCAUUUCCUUUUCACAAGUUCUUAAAAGAACACAUUAUAGAUGUUCACGGAGAAAUGGCUGUGACAUGCAAGUUUUGUAGGAAAGUGUUCACAGAGGAGGCAUUGAAAGAUCAUAUGAAGAUGCACAGCAAGGAAGACAUUACGUGUAAAAUCUGCAGUAAAUCAUUCAUUAGGCUUGACAAAUUAUAUAACCAUAUGGCUAUCCAUUCCGAUGAAAGGCCUCACAAAUGUGACAUGUGUAGCAAAACGUAUAAGUGUUACACCGAUUUAAGAGACCACAAAAAGGUGCAUACAAAUCAGAGAAAAUACAGACAGUGUGAUGUUUGUGGAAAAUCAGUUGCAUCUAAUAGUUUAAGACAGCACAUGAAAAGUCACACUGAUGUGAAAACAUUUCAGUGUGAAGUAUGUUCCAAGUUUUUUAAGAUGAAGCAUCAGUUGAAAAGUCAUUUGUUAUCCCAUGACGAUUCAGUAGAGCAUAUAUGUGAGAUAUGUGGAUUCAGAUAUAAAUGGGCACAUAAUCUGAGAAACCAUUUAAAAAGAGUACAUGAAGGGAACAAGCCUCCUUGUAGGUCAAAAGUCAAGUUUACAUUUUCCAAGAAGAGUAGAAAAUGUUUGAAAAAAACUAAAGAGAUUGCUUUGGUUUAAGAACAUAUUUGAUCAUGAGGUCACUAAUGACUUACAAUUAUUGAUUUGAGAUCAGUACUUCAAACGUCCAGUGUACAGUGACGGGUCAGAUAUUUUUUGUUCCUUGUGCAGUUACUGAAUGCGUCAUUGGGGCAUUUCAUGUUCUAAAAGCCCUUGUUGAAUUAUCUCCCUUUUUUAAAACCAUGUUGUGGGGCGUAACUUGAAAAAUAUGUGAGAUAUUGACUUAAUACUUCGCAUAUUGAUUGAUGUCCGUGAGAGGGUGUGCAGUGACAAGUAACACUAAAUAAUGAAUCUACCAUUUUUAGCUCACCUGAGCACAAAGUGCUCAAGGUGAGCUUUUGUGAUUGCCCUGUGUCCGUUGUCGUACGUCGUCAGUCGUCCAUCGUCGUCAACAAUUUGACUGUUAACACUCAAGAUUUCACAAUUUUGGCCAAAUCUUAACGAAACUUGGUCAGAAUGUUACCCUUGAUAAAAUCUUGGACGAGUUCGAUAUUGGGUCAUCUGGGGUCAAAAGCUAGGUCACCAGGUCAAAUCAAAGGAAAAGCUUGUUAACACUCUAGAGGUCACAGUUUUGGCCUAAUCCCAAUGAAACUUGGUCAGAAAGAUACCCUCAGUAAAAUCAUGGAUGAGUUUAUAUUUGGUCAUUGGGGGUCAUAUUUUAAUGAAACAUGGUCAGAAUGUUAAUCUUGAUGAUUUUUAGGUCAAUAGGUCAGGUGAGCAAUACAGGGCCUUCAUGACACUCUUGUUGAGUUAACUCCCUUUUUAGCUCACCUGUCAUGUAGUGUUUAGUCGCCAUAU